AACAGUAAUCUCAGGUGUCACAUGGACAGGAAGCGUGUGUCACGUCUAAAUUAACCUAAAAUCCUUUUCCACAGAUGGCAUUCACACAUGUACAGAUGUACGGGAACGCAGCAUAGACAGAGUGUCACUACUUUCUGACAUGGUCGCGACAACACAAUUAAACACCAUGCGAAGGAUGGCGGAGGAGAUCCAGCCUGCCAAAGAGCAGAGCUCCUGGAUAUUAAGUUGGCUUCCCUCCUGGUGCCCCACGUCUCCCUCUCAGCUUAAAGAUGCAGAAGAAAAAAUGCUCAAGUGUGUGACGCGGCCUUUCUCCAGACAGCAUGUCCGGAUAUCCAACAGCAACUAUUUGUGGACCUUAGCUUUUUCCACCCAGCCAGGCUCCGUCCCAGAACCCUCAGCCCAGUCCAGGCCCCCCCUGGUCCUGCUGCAUGGCUUCGGAGGCGGGGUUGCCCUUUGGGCCCAAAACUUGGACUCUCUCUCCAGCAGCGGACCGGUCUACGCUCUGGACCUGCUGGGCUUCGGCAGGAGCAGCCGCCCCCAGUUCACAAGUGACCCAGAGGGGGCUGAGGAGCAGUUUAUGACAGCCCUGGAGGAGUGGAGGGAGAAGGUCGGACUGGAGGAGAUGGUGCUGCUGGGACACAACCUUGGAGGAUACCUGUCUGCUGCCUACACGCUCAAAUACCCACACAGGGUGAAACACCUGCUGCUGGUGGAGCCAUGGGGGUUCCCAGCUCGUCCAGAGAAUCCCAACCACUCCUCCAUCCCAAUGUGGAUCAGAGCUAUGGGGGCAGUCAUGAGCCCCUUUAACCCUCUGGCUGGACUCAGACUGGCUGGACCUCUAGGUCCGAUGCUGGUCCAGACAAUCAGAUCAGACUUCAAGCAGAAAUACUCUUCUGUUUUUGAUGACAACACAGUAUCUGACUACAUCUACCAUCUGAAUGCCCAGACUCCAAGUGGAGAGACGGCCUUUAAGAACAUGACCAUUCCCUACGGCUGGGCUAAGAGGCCCAUGCUGGAGAGGAUCGACCAGGUCCAGGGCGACAUUCCCAUUUCCUUCAUCUAUGGGUCACGCUCCAGCAUUGACAGUGACUCUGGAUACGCGUUCAAGAAAACCAGACCAGAUGCUGAAAUCAGGGUGAUCAGAGGAGCUGGUCAUUAUGUUUUCGCUGACCAGCCCGAAGACUUCAACCAGACAGUGCUUCAGAUUCUCGCCAGGACAGAGAGGAAAAGUGAAGAUUUGGGAACAAAACAGCGAGAGCUCCCUCAUUCAGACCGCACGCAGGAGGGCACAGAGCUUAACUAACCCAAAGCUAUGACUCAGUCACAACAGUUUAUCUGUAAGCAUCUUUGUCACGCUCUUGAAUCUGAAGAGAGACUUAUCACUGACUGAGAACACUAUCAGACACUCCCUAAGGCUUGGGGUGAAAGGUCAGAUGAUGCCACCAGACUCAUGUUAAGAUGUUUUGUAAAUAAAUGCCAGAUGCUGUUUUGCUCACUUUUUCUUCAGUCCUUGAGCAACUCUUGUCGAUAAAAAAGACAUCAUCUCUCAAGGGAUCUCUUGUUUUGUGUGGAGGUCUAGGUAAAGUACACAAAAUGUUCUUUUUCUGACCCCUCACCCGCUCUGUUUGAGAUAUGAGGGAGAAGUAAAUAGGGCAAAGGGCUGAUAUGUUUUUCCGGAAACUUCCUCGCAUCUCUAGGGAGGCUCAGAAGCAGACCGGCCAGCAGGUGGCAGCACAGCAACAGCCUGCUCACAUCACCUCCCCUCUCCUUUGCAGAAGGGUAACAGUGAAUCCCACACAAAGUGCCCUCACAUGCAUAUUGAGUUGGAUGACCUACUCGGGAGACCUGGACAGUGAUGCUUUAAGAGCAGCAUGACACUCAGCUCUCUGCUAAGUCACAACUGCAGUGACAGAAUAGGGUCAGAGAUGUGUGUUGGACUAAAAAUAGGCCUUCUGUUUUGACAUGAGUUAAACAACUUGGUCCUGCAUGCCUGUGAAUAUGUUAGUUUUCAAAAAUAGCUGGAGCAAAGAAGCCAGUGUUUUUGAUUUGAUUGUUGUCCUUUUUAUGUGACAUUUGGUGACAGUUGUUAGUUGUUUUAUCACAGUGAUUGUCUACUAGGAUUGUUCAUGGUAUUAGGAUAAGAUACACUACAUUUUUAUUUGAACAUUUUCUAGUAGAUGCUCAAAAUGAAAAAGAAAUGAGCAUGCAAAUUAGCAUAAUAUGUGACCUUUAAAUAAUCAUGUGCUGACUACAGAGUGUGGCAGGACGCCUGAGGAAGGUAUUCUGUAUCUGUUCAUUCUUCUGUCUGUUCUUUGUUAUGGUUCUGUACAGUAAUCAGCACCUCACUAUUUAAAGCAACACCUGAUUGAAAUCAAGCACAGGGCAAAUCUGAUAAAGCAACACGUGAAAUGUGUAGUUUGCUCCAACUGUAUCCUGGUAUGUGCUGGGAUAUAAAUAUUGAGUUCCCCUUUAAGAUCACCUGUGUGGUUUGGGUGGUGCCUAUGGAGCAGUUUGAUUAUGAGUGGGUUUGUUUGAUGGGCAAUGAAGUGCAAAUAAGCUCAGUUAUGUGCCAUAAAUGCAAGAAAGAAGAAGACUUGGCAAUACCACUUGGAUGUAAAUACUAAUAUUUAAUCAAAACUUGCUUUGGAAAUAUACUUGUUAGAACUUUAA